UUUUCCCUUAGUUGCGGCGUCCCCAUUUGACAAGCCUGUAUUAGAUCGUAGAUGUCUCGCUUUAGGAGAAGAAGUAUUUCGAGGACGUGCACUUUUGAUAUACGAUAAUCUCCAGCGAGCGGAAGGAUGGACCCUCGUUGCAAGAGGCACGAGCGGGGCAGCAACUGGACCGACCAAGAGAUUGUGGAGCUGCUGCAGCUGUGGUCAGACGAGUCCAUUCAGAUAGAACUGGAAAGCUCAUUGCGCAACCAGCGUGUGUUUGACCGCAUCGCACUCAUUCUGCGUGAAAAGGGCAUGUACCGCACAGGUGAUCAGUGCAGAGAGAAGAUUAAAAAAAUGAAGUUGGAGUAUCGUCGUAUUAAGGAGAACCACAAACUGAGAUCUUGGAAAUUCUACGACGUGAUGGAUCGGGUCUUGGCAAACCGACCGGCUAUCACAUACUCCACUCAGGGUGGAACAUUUGUUGCACAGCAAUUUUUUCAGAGUCCAGAUGGAAGUGACUCAUUUUUACAGGGGAAUUCUUCACUAGGCUCUUUUGGUCCAACUUCUUCGGGUGGGUUUCUGUUUGGUCAGCCCCCUAAAACUCAAAAUCCACUGGAUGUCAAAUGUGAGGGAGUGAAAGAAAUUCUCUCAAACGCUCAUGUAGCACGACCAGAUCUGUGUUACAGAUCAGGAGAUGAACAGGAAACAGAUGGACAAUCUUUUCUUGGAACAGAGGAUACACUCGGUCAAGGAGACAAUUCUGCUCAUUCAAGAAUUUCCCCCUCAGAUUCAGCUGACCUGAACGUUGAUGCGUCUGCUUCCCAUUUAGGCACUGUUCCCGUGCCACAUGACGCAUCUAGGGAGGGCCUCCGUCCCCUGGCUGCCUUAAAACAGAGGAGACGUCGUAAGGCAAAGGCAGGGAAAAGCACGUGUGGCCACGGAAAUGGAAAGUGUUGCAGCCAGGGGCCUCUCAACAAAGCUCUUGCCAGCGUCCUCAUGUGGCAGCGGUGUGCUGAAGAUCGCCUCCUCUCCUGGGAGGAAGCACGACUAGAGAAGGAGUUGCAAGCUGAUGAGCGCAGACAGCAGCAAGAAGAGAGAAGAAUGGAAAAGGAGCACCAGCAUGAGCUGCACCUUUUCAGCAUGCUUACGGGGGCGUUAACUGCCAUUAGACAGGGUGCUGUGACCACAGAAACAGCACCCACUAACAUCCCCGUUCCUCCGCUAGAUCAUCCGUCACCUGUACUGGCGACAUCAACUGCUUCCUGUGCGCCAUCUCAACCAUAUACACAGACUCCCUCUGCACACUCUGUUUCCACUAAGGGGACAAUAAAGCCGGAGCCACACCCAUCAGGCAGGGCCUGCACAACAGCCGAGAGUACUUUUGCAACUCCGAGAGGUGUCAAGUCUCCUGAGGCCAGCGUGUAUCUGUCCAAUCGUGGGAACAGUAUUCGACAGCAUCAAGGCAUCCUCCAGGAAGGCUUUGCUCAAUAUAGAGGAAACAAAUAUGACAUUGACAACCCUAAUGGUGUCAUCAAUAUGGGAACAAGCGAGAACAAGCUCUGCUAUGAUCUUCUUCAUAAAAGGUUGACCCAAUCUGACAUGCUACAUGUUGACCCAGCACUGUUACAGUAUGGUGAUUGGAAGGGACAUGCAUUCCUGAGAGAAGUGGUCGCAGAGUUUCUAACUCACUACUGCUGUUCUCCAAAGCUAUUGAAAGCUGAAAAUGUUGUGGUGAUGAAUGGAUGUAGUGCUCUCUUUUCGUGCAUUGCAGCAGUCAUUUGUGACCCAAAAGAUGCCAUUCUAAUUCCAAGCCCUUUCUACGGUGUUAUUACUGAGGACCUGCAGUUGUACAGUGACGUCAAGUUGUUUCAUGUCCCACUCCAAUGUGAGGAUGGUAAUAAUGAUGGUCGACAUUUUCAUCUCACCGUGAGCAAACUGGAGGAAGCUGUAAAAAGGGCGAAGCAAGAGGGGGUUAUCAUUCGGGCUAUUAUACUAAUGAACCCGCACAAUCCUCUUGCUGAGAUCUACACCCCAAAGGAGAUGCUUUCCUUCUUGGAAUUUGCUAAAAGAAAUGAGAUCCAUGCCAUCAUAGAUGAAGUGUACAUGCUGACAGUGUUUGAUGAGUCAGUAACAUUUCACAGUGUCCUCAGUCUGGAAAGUUUGCCCGACCCACAGAGGACACAUAUAAUGUGGGGGCUGAGCAAGGACUUUGCAAUGGCUGGAAACAGAUUAGGGACUCUUUAUACUGAGAAUCAAGACAUUGUGGAGGCUUUGGCCCAAUUGGGCUCAUUCCAUGGUAUAUCUGGGAUAACUCAGCACCAGGUUGCACAACUUCUUCAGGACAGAGAUUGGAUAAGCAAGGAGUUUUUGCCUGAGAACCGACGCAGAUUGAAAGCUGCUCACUGCUACCUGACAAAUGAGUUGCAGAAAAUGGAUAUUCACUACCUGGACAGGCCUGCUGCUUUGUAUGUCUGGGCUGACUUCAGGAAGUUUCUCAGGGCCCCUUCAUUUGAGGAGGAGUUGCGGAUGUGGCGGUGCUUCCUCAAACACAAAGUUGUAUUGAGCUGCGGGCAAGCCUUCUCCUGCUCCACACCUGGCUGGUUUCGCAUCGUAUUUGCCGACCAUCAGCACUACCUUCAACUUGGGUUGAAAAGAAUUGGAGAGGCCUUAAAAGAAAUCAAAGAAAGCAGUAUGGACAGGGAUUCCUUCAUUGUCAAAGAAGGCAGUGAGGAGAACAAGAGAUCAGUGAAAGAGGACAGUGCUACUUCAGACAAUGCCACAAUUGAAAAUUCAACAUCAUCCCCCCAGAGCAAGUCAUCAGACCAGCUAAAGAAAAAGGAGAGUUCUGUUCCUGACACAAGCUGGCUCGCCCCUGAUGAGUUUGUCUUGCUGGACUGCCAAGCCUCUAAGCCUGCGGAGAGCCUGGACUCUCUGAUUGGUACACUCAAGCAUCAAAUCCGCUCUUCUGAUUGGUUGGAAAAGAACACGCCAGAGCGGUCUGCAGAGGAAGACCCAGAGAUUCUUGAUGUGUUUCAAAGCCUGUUGGCACGAGCCAGAAAGUGAAGUUACGGCUAAACAGGCAACGAUAUGGCUGCCAAUUUACAGUGGGGAGCACUCAAUAAUCCCUCUUGUGACUGACUUUAUGGCAAAAACAGUUCAUUUUCUGUUUGUUUUUUUCAUAUCUGUAAUCAUGCCUUAGAGUUGAAUGUUGAUGGGUGAUUAAUUUCACAUUCCAGUCCAUCUAUAAUCAAGAUAUUUAUAAGCUGAAUUAAAUGCCAAAUGUAAUUAAACCAAAACAACUCGCAACGUUUAUGAUGUGCCAAUUUCCUGUUAUUUGAGUUUGCCUUAAUACACUCAUAACAGCAUGUUUUAUAUUAUUAUUUUUAUUUGACAUUUUUUAUCGCCAAUAAGGCAAUUGAGAGGUUUGAUAUUCUUAUUUCCUAUGCCGACCUGGUUGAUUUGAAAUGUGUAUUGAUAAUAGUUGCUAUAUGCAGUAUGCUUUAUGUACAAAAAGUGUGAUACACCUGCCAUCACCAUUGAAGAAGUGAGGUGAAGAGACAAGGUCUCCCCUCGCAGUCUAGUGUGUAAGUGUGUGUGUCUCUAAAAAUGUUUGACUCAUCCUGUUCAUUGAUGCAAGACUAGAGGCCCUGGCUCACAAUUUUGGUUGUAGUUCUUCCUCAAACUUUUUAAUAAGUGGAACUAAGGGGGGGCGGGGCGCUCCUGAAAAAUGCCCAGAUAAUUGACUUUUGGGGGACACAUUUUUCCAGCGGUUUUCUUUUUUUUUUUCCCCCUUAACAUUUUCACCUGACCCUGUAUCAGCAUUUUCUGAAUAAUAUUUUGGGGGUUUAUUAUUAUUAUUAUUAUUACUUCUAUUGUUAAUUUAUUUUUUGAGGUAGAUACAUUUUUUUGUCAUCUCAUCUCGUACUGAUCCGGAAUUAAACAACAUAAGGUAUGUGUUUCAGAUUUAUUGUCUAGUUGGCUUUGUAGAUACUGUACUGUGCAAAUUAUAAAACCUUGUGAGGCCAGUUCUGCCUCAAAGAAUGGAAAACAAAGGGGGAUGAUUUGUGACGGCACUUUGAAUAGUAGAUGGGUAGCCUUUUGCUGUUCUAUCAGAUGGAAUGCCACCAACAAAGUAUCUCAGACAAAUUUGAGUGCAUAUCUGGCUCGUUCUCACUUAUUUUUCAAUUGGUAAGCUUUCUUGUAAUGUUUAAAAUAAUCAAACAACCUUGAGCUUCCUCAAAUAGGCCAACCCUGUGUUGUUUCACUUUCACUAUGAGAUCGUGGGCCACAGAGAUGUCACAGCAGCAUGCUACUAGAGGAGUUUCCAGUUCAAUGGAGGCGGAGUAUGAGUGGGUGAUGAGCACAGCAAAA